AUGAGUUUCCACGAGUCAGCAAACGACAUCAAACUUGAGGAUGGCCACAUUCUCAAAGCCAAACUCGGCUAUGGAGAGGACGAAGAACGAGACGCCGAGAUGGACUUGAAUGAUUUUAUCGGCAAUGAUAAUGGUCAGAAGCAAGCUCUCUAUCCUAGUUGGGCUUAUCGUGUUAAUACCUUUGUUUUAGGCUGUUUCUGUUGGGGUGGGGAGAACUUUAAAGAAAGUGCCACCAAUAUCGAGCUUUCCAUUGAGGGGUCUGGAAUUCCUGUGUUACGGGCCAACCUGUUCGAUGUGGAGGGGGAGGAGAUUGAGGCCAAUAUAAACUUGGCUGAGCGAAUUUCUAAUGAGAAUGGAGAGUUUGUCUUUGUCUAA